UUCAACCUUGCCGCCACCCACAGUUGCAAAUAUAUAAUACGGUUCUCAACUGAAAACAGUCCCCAGAGAGAACACACACACACACACGAGAGGAGAGAAAGAGUUCAGAGAGAGAGACAGAUGCAAAGGAGUGGAUUACGGUGAAUUAAAAAGGACAAAUAUAGGACUAAACAACUGAGUUACUGAGAGACAAAGUGCAGUCUUUAAAGAUGCUGUUAAUACUUCUGGGAGUUGCACUCGCUAUGACAGGUGGGAACUGUGCUUACAUGGAACAAGAAUGGCUUGAGGUCGUGGCACAGGAGGGGUCGCAGGCUGUGCUGCCCUGUGUCAUGUCACUCUCAUCACAGUCACAUUUUGCUGCCUUCCACUGGAUCAGGAUACGUGAGAGCGCAGAGAGAACGGUUUUGCAUCGGAAGAAGAGUGGCCUGAUCUACCGCAACACGGAGCUCGGCCAGCGCAGCCACUGCCCGGACUCCCAGUUUGGGGACUACAGUCUGCACAUUGACGCUGUCAGGGAGGAUGACGCGGGAAAAUACGUUUGCAGCUCGCCGGGCAGAGGCAGGACCGGCGUCAUUCUAAGGAUCAUAAAAGUGUGUUUCUCACCUCCUGAGGCCAUAGAAGGAGGUUCGCUGAAGAUGGCCUGCAGCGUUACUCCGAGACCAGAUCCACUGCAUAUCAGCUGGAAGCUCAACGGUGUGGAUUACAAGACAAACAGAGAGAGCAGCAAACUCAGGGUAUCUCAGAUGCACCAGGGGAACUGGACGUGCCUCAUCCGCUACGGGGGCGCCACUGCAGAAGUGACGCAGUCCCUCAGAGUAAAAGGCAUAGAGAACCCACCAUUUGACAAAGCCCUCGUGUACGCUGGCAUUGGCUCCAACGCCACCCUACCCUGCGUGUUCACGCAGGGCGUGACCCUCAACUCAUCCUGGAAGAGGCUUUCCAAGGGGUCCUCCUCCUCAUCAUCAUCUCCCUCUUCUUCUCCUCCUCGUGGCUUUUCACGUCAUCUGUCUCUCCCUCUUCCACUCUCCUUCAUUCGUCCGUCAUCAUCUUCCCUCUCUCCGUGGGAUCAGUCUGCGUGGCUGGAGAGGGUGGAGGUGGGUGAUGAGGGGAGUUACAGGUGUUCAGGAGAGGUGGAGGGGAAGCUGGUGGAGAGAGAGAUGGAGCUGGUGACUGCUCGAGUGCUGACUUCCCAAUCUAAAAAGACCACUCCACUGACUUUGACAUGUCAGCUGAGCAACGACAAAGAAGUGACCAGGUACGAGUGGGUCCGUGUCACCCAUGACAACGGCUCUGUUGCCAAAGAGACCAUCGUAGAAGAGGGGAAAACUCUGAAGCUUCCCAAACUGACAGAAGACGACAUGGGCGAGUGGGUCUGCCGUUACCACGGAGAGAGAGGACCACUGGGGAACGUCACCUACCACGUACAGAUCAUGGGUGGUCUGAAGUCAGCGAGGCAGGAGGAGCAGACCUCCAACAGACCGGCGCUGGCCAUCGGCUCUGUGCUUCUGGUGCUUCUGGUGCUCCUCAUCGCACUCCAGAUGUACAGGAACCACCGCAGGAGGAAAAUGAUCCUGCCCUACCCAGCCCUGGAGAACAUUGCUCAUUCGCUCGCCAACAAACGAGAGGAGAGAGAGAGGCGGCGAAUGAACGAGAAGAAGAGCACUGAGCCAAUGCAAUAACAGCUGUGAAGUAGAUAACUUCACACCAGCUUCAGCGUUACAACACAUUUAUAUCAAGUUUAUCUACCCAAUGUGUUGCUAUAUAUAUCACAUAACCAUAUGUGUGUGUCUGUGUGUGUGUGUUUGUGUGUGUGUGUGUGUGUGUGUGUGUGUGUGUGUGUGUGUGUGUGUGUGUGUGUGUGUGUGUGUGUGUGAGCGAGCAUGCAUGCAGUCUUUGCUCAUUAUUAGUAUCCUGAAACUAAAAGCUCAAACAAAUGUAGCAGCCAUAUAUUUUAUAUCUUGUCUCUAACGUUUUUAAUACUCAUGUUCACUUCAGAAAUGUUGUUAUGUAUAUAAAAAAAGGUUUUGAAAAUCGAAUAACAGUGAACAUUUAUGAGGAUAUUAUUUGUAUGUAUUGUUUUAUAUCUUAUAACACCUGUAAAUAUAUUAAUGACCCCAAACAGUCAUUUUAAUGAGAUUUAUAUAAUGUCUUUAUCAUACUCAAAUGGAAUACAGUUACAUUGAGUCAAA